GAAGUUGUUUCUAGCCCGGAAUCCGAAAUUGCAGUAGACAACUUGACCAGUCCCCUACACACCACCAGCACCCAGGUACUGUUGACUACACAGGGUAGUCAACAGGUAUAGACCAUCACUGGUACGAGACCAUAGACUUAUCAACAGGUACACACCAGCACCCAGGUCCGAGACCACAGGCUAGUCAACAGGUUCACCAGCACCCAGGUACGAGACCACAGGCUAGUCAACAGAUACACACCAGCACCCAGAAAUACGUGAACUUCCUCUAUUAUAAGAGAAGAUUAGAUAAACCAUAUUUGUAUGGAGUGAUGACAACUCAAGGAAACAACUCUGCAUCAGAAGGGCACAAAUAGCGUUAUUCAGUCAGGCUUUAAUGUAAGUUACAAAUCAAGUAAAAAAACUUGAAAAAUUGGUAUGUAGUGCAUGCAAUAAAUGGCGGUAUAUAUAUAUCAAGACAUGUUCUACAAAAAAAACUGAGUGUCUCAAUUACACAAAAUGCCACCAAAAAGGAACAAGAGCCAUCAAACUCAGGAGCAGGAGGUAGAUGCAUCUGACAACUUGGAGCUAAGAUUCAAAGUUCCUCACAAAAACUUGAAAGAAGAUGACAUAUGCACCAAAAUCCAACAAACACAAGCUAGGGUGAAAGAAAAAGAAGAAGCUCUUCGCAAGUUGAAAUUAGUCAAAAUGUAUCGAACCAAAUGGGAAACACAGUCCUUGGAAGCAGUAACAAGCCAGUGGCUGCGAGUGUGUCAGGAAGCCUUGGAAGAUCUUAGAGUGAAAGCAAGAGAAAUAAAGAGUAGAGAGACUGGAGAAGAAGAGCUAACAUUGUUAGUUCUAAUAAAUAAUCUUGGUAUUGAUCCUCAGCUUUUAAAGCUUGAUGAGAAUGAAGAUUGUUUUAAUGCUUAGUUAAGGUUUCAAAAUGUAUAACCUAAUUUCUAUACAGUAUGUAUUAAGGCUAAAUUAUGCUACAUGGUUCUGAGUUUUUUUGUUUAUUUUUUUCCUAUAAGAGCUUUAUUUUGGUGAAUGCAUCAUUAGUGAAAUCUUGUUUGUGAGAACGUUACAGCUUAUGAUUAUUGUCAGUAUUAACCAACACAGUUUAGUUGUAUUUAGUAUAAUUUAAACAUCAACAGUACCUUCUUGGCAAAAGUAUAAUGUGUGACUUUGUCUAUUGUUCAUAUACAGUACAAAAUAAA